GUCCGCCGCAACAUGGCGGGCCUCCUCUCGUCCGGACGUUCUCCUGAGAGUCUCUAGAUCGCGAUAGAUCCUUGCUCACGGAAUGGAACGCAGAGAAGCGCGAUCAUGAAUUAGAAUCGCGAUCGCGCGGCAAACAGAUUGUAUGAGUUUCUCCGGCGUGUGAGAGAGCUCGAGCAAAUACGCGUUAGAAUGUGACCGUUUCUCACCGUACUCUCGUGACUCUCGUCGGCCAAAUUCGGCAGACCUCCGUGUUCUCUGGUCGGCCAAGUGUUUCGCUUGUUGCACAGUUGCCAAGACGACUGACGUGCGUGCGUGCGUGCGUACGUGCGAGCGAUGCGUGCGUGAGUAGUCGUGUGAGUGGAUGCGUUCGCCCGUGCGUUCACUGUCCCCUCGUGGCCGUUCGUCGCGUUUACGUGGUGUGUUAUGAUAACAGACCGAUUGCCGUUAGAACGCCGACUUCCAUACCGUUCCAGCGCCGUUCCCGACACAUCGAUGGUCCGUGGCGCGAUAGCCUGAAGGAAAGUAGUGCCUGUUAUUAUGGACUACCCGGUGUUGGGCCACUACGAUCCUACCGUAGAGGCCACGGCCGGUAGCACCUGCGAGGAACAGCAAGAGCUGUUGUGGGAAGGAACGAAUUAUGUCUUACCCGGAGAUGAAUAUGUACCUGCAGCGGAGCAAUUUGGAGAGGAUUUCUCCGCGGCUGAGUUUCGUGAGACUAGAACGUUGCUCGCCGAUGGUGGAGAUAGAUUUGGCGUUUCCACUGCCACUUUCGACACGGUCGAGGAGCUUAUGUGGAUGGGAAAUCAAGGGGGUCACGUAACAUCUUACUAUGGGCCUGGUUUACAAAAGUAUACUUCCUUUCAAGUCCACGCGACCCAAGAGAUACGACACAUCCAUCCCGUGGAUGAGGGGAUCUUAGUGUUAUCGCAGAGUCAACUGAGAUGCCAAUUGAGACGGGGAAUACCAAUAUUUACACACACAUCACUGAACAUGAACGAUAUGCAGUGCAUGCUACAAAUUUCCCCAACCAGACUGUUGAUGGGUGGACAUCAGGAGAAGAUAAUCGAUUUUAAUCUCACUACAGGAAAAGAAACUGGAUUAGUACAAGUAGGAGAGCACGGUUGUGCGAUAUUGCGGCAGCACAGUAGAUUUAUUUGCGCGGGAAACCCCGCGGGGAGGAUAGAUCUCAGGGACCCAAAUACGUUAACGGUAGAGCACACUUUCGACACACAUAGCGGUUCCCUCAGUGAUUUCGACGUCCAGGGCAAUUAUCUCGUCACGUGCGGAUUCAGCAACAGUCGUCAAGGUCUUGCUGUUGAUCGAUUCCUAAUGGCCUACGAUCUGCGACAAAUGAGAGCCUUGAGUCCUGUAACUACCUUAGUGUAUCCUCUCUUAUUGAGAUUCCUACCUAGCUAUUCGAGUCGUCUCGCGGUGGUUUCGCCACUGGGACAAAUGCAGUUACUUGAUACGAUAUACGCGAAUGUGCAGCCAUCAAUGACGUGUUUGUAUCAGGUUGCUACCGGCGGCGCUAUGAUAUUAUCAUUUGACGUAGCUUCGACAUCUCAGUUCCUCUGCUUCGGAGACACGGCGGGUUCGAUACAUCUAAUGUCUACCAACAACCCAGAGCCUCAAUUUAAUACAUUUUCUAGGCCUACGGAAUUUGCCGAUCCGGUUGAGACAUUACAACCUAUUUCUUUCGAUGAUGACGAUACACCACUUAGUACAAUACCAAUUGUAUAUUCUGAACAGCCACUUCUAAGUGAUUGGCCGGAAGAGUUUCUAAAAAAAGUUUAUAGAAAAACUCCGCCGAUUGAUCCUGAAAUUUUGCGCACAAUGAAGAUGCAGGGAACCAUCGGAUACGCGCCGAAUCCUCAGGCUUUUCGCAGAAAUCAAGUACCGUACGAUUUGGAAAAACGACGCGGCUUAGUCGCGAAGCUUUUCACGGGGGACUCACGAUCUAAAACAGACGACGGCGCUUUUGUGGCAAUACCUAAGCGUUACCGUAAGAUUGAAUUGAAAUACUCACGGCUCGGUUACGACGACUUCGAUUUCGAUCAGUACAAUCGCACCAGUUUCUGCGGUCUGGAGGCCACCCUGCCCAACAGUUAUUGUAACGCUAUGCUGCAAUUGCUAUACUACUGCGAGCCUGUGAGGAUAGCGUUGCUCUCACACUCGUGUCAACGGGAAUUUUGCCUCUCUUGCGAACUGGGCUUCUUGUUCCAUAUGCUGGACAUCUCGCGGGGAUUGCCCUGUCAAGCCGCAAACUUUCUCAGGGCUUUCAGGACGGUGCCCGAAGCGGCAGCCUUGGGACUCAUACUGAGUGACCUACAUCCGGAAGCUAAGAGGAAGAUUAGUUUGAUCAGGCUCAUACAAAGUUGGAACAGAUUUAUCCUACAUCAGAUACACUACGAGAUUCUGGAGACCAAAAAGCGGCAGCAAGAGGAACAAGAGGCGGCGCGACUCAAAUCGGGGUCCAAAUAUCCACCGUUUGUCUAUAACGAGCAAGAUUUCCCGAGCAUCCUCGAGGAUCUUGGUUCUCGCUACAGGAGCCACGACGAAGAGAGGAGAAGGAGGCGGAAGCAAGAGGAGGAUGGUAAAUAUAUGUGGAUCACAUCGAAAGAUAAGAACACCAAAAAAUCCACUGAAGAAAACGAAGUCCGAGACGAAGAAACAGAAAUCAGUCGACUAUUUGGAUCCGAACAAAUGCACAUACAUCGAUGUCUCAAAUGUGGGCAAGAAGCUACAAAACAUUCCAUCAUGUUGCUGUCUAACUUAGUUUAUCCGGAGAUAAUUAAUUCUUCUGAAGAGGUUCCGUUCACGAGUGUUCUUGCCCGCAGUUUAAGACCCGAGAAAAUUACACCUGCAUGGUGUGACAAUUGCCAGAAAUUUACACCCACUCUCCAGUCUCGACAAUUGACUAAACUACCUCAAAUACUGGCUCUAAACUGCGGCUUAGAUACUCAACAGGACAAGGCGUUCUGGCAGAAUCAGAUGGACAUCGUUGUGCAAAAGGUGUUAGCCGGGAAGGAAAUUAGUCCCUGUUCCAGUCCUGUGCCCAUCACCGCCAAACCUUGUCGAUACGGCAAUAACUGUACUCGAGUUGGGUGUCGAUUUAGGCACGUUGGUCGCGAUUCAGAGGCAGAGAGAGUGUUACCGUCACCUACAACUUCGUCGGCGUCGCCUCCUAGUCAUUUAUAUUACUCGCAUUCCUGGAUACCUCACAAUAUCGAGAUCACUCUCGACAAGAACGGCGAGCUGUCUGUGCGGAAGGUGAACGGCAUGAUGAACGAAUCUAAUAACGGCGCGUCCGCGCGAACGAACUUGGUGGUGGAGAACGGCCGAGAUGACAAUAAGGUACAAAUAGUUUCCGAGAACGUCGGAGACAUCCACGACGACGAGGAGUGCGCCGCGCACAGCAACGUAGCCGAGGCGAAAAGUACAAAUCCUGAAAUUUCCAUUAAUACUCAAAAAAUACAAUACAGUCUCAGCGCCGUUGUUUGUUACGUCGACGACAAGACUAACGAGGAACGGAGGAACAUCGUGGCGCUUCUGCAGGUUGGACCGAAUUAUCACGAGCGGUUGUCAGGCAGUGCCGUGUCGCAGUGGUACAUCUUCAACGAUUUUUGCAUAUCGGCGGUGACGCCGCAGGAAGCGGUAUGGUUCAAUCUCGACUGGAAAAUACCCUGCGUACUUCAUUACACCGCGAUACCUGCACCCGAGCCGACAUCAUUUAUCAAUCCACUUACAUACGACGUGUUCGGGGAAGACAAGUGCAUCGCUCGCAGCGGUGGUACGAGAGGCAUCACAUUUACUCCACUCUCAUCGGACGAAAUGCCUCAAAAAGGAGAGUUAGUGGGAAUCGACGCAGAGUUUGUUACUUUAAAUCAGGAAGAAGCCGAGCUGCGGAGUGAUGGGAAGAUGUCGACCAUAAAACCGAGCCACAUGUCGGUGGCGCGAAUCACUUGUAUACGCGGGCAAGGUCCACUGGAAGGUACGCCGUUCAUAGACGAUUAUAUAAGCACUCAGGAACAGGUGGUCGACUAUCUUACCAAAUUCAGUGGGAUUCAGCCGGGCGAUUUAGACGCGAACUUCAGUAGUAAGCAUCUUACUACUUUGAAGUCAACGUAUCAAAAGUUGAGAUUUCUAGUGGACAACGGCAUUAUCUUUGUUGGGCAUGGCCUGAAGAAUGAUUUCAGGGUGAUAAAUCUGGUGGUGCCACCAGAACAAAUAGUGGACACAGUUUUGUUGUUCCACUUGCCUCGUCAUCGUAUGGUGUCGUUACGCUUCUUGACGUGGCACUUCCUAGGCAAGAAAAUCCAAUCCGAGACUCACGAUUCGGCGGAGGACGCGCGAGCGGCUCUGGAAUUAUACCGUAAAUACAAGGAAUUGGAAAGCUCGGGGCAAUUGGCAGAAACGCUCAAGGAACUUUACGAAAUGGGGACGCAAUUGCAAUGGAAAGUUCCUGAUAGCUGAUACGAGGGUAAUACAUGUAACGAUAUAGACGAUAAGAUUAAUUUUAAUAGUGAUCAUGACGAUUAGGUGAUACAAAGAUUUUUUAACAUGUCGAUUUUGUCCAACAUCACAAAAAAGAGAAGGAUAACGGAAAAAGUAAUAUUCGUCGAGCGCUGUUUGCAUUCGACGAUAGAUAAUGACUUUAUAGUCCAAUUUUGGGGAUAGGGAUAGAAGGGAGAGAUUUAUUUAACGCACACACACAUACACAUACACACACAUAUACAUAUUAAUUAUUAGAUGAAUUUUUAGAAUCGCGCAAUCGCGAUAUCAAUGAAAUUAACAAUUUGUCACGAGUCCUCACGGUACAUCGGUGCUCCUUUAGCGUCGUUUUUACUGGUGUAUCUAAAUCAUCAUUGUUGCAUUCGUUUUAAACUUGUGUAUAAAAUGUGUGUGUAUAAGAUUACUAAGAAAAAGCGCGAGCUCGAAAAUUUUUGUCAGUAUCCGUCUAAUCUCGAUCAUACGUAGUCAGGAAAAGAUCGAACGAGAAUACUUUUGUUGAUUGUAAUUUUAAAUAAGAAAUACGGUCGCCCGAAUUUGCGGCUGAACUUGUACAUAUUACCCGGUUGACACGCUGACGUUGGCGUUUUGGGGAGCAGUAACGAUUGCCGCACUGCCCGACAGAAUAUCAAUGUAUCAUUGUAAUUUCUUAAUCGCUCAUAUUGUGUCCCGUGUGAAAGCUAACGUAUUCCAUCCCCGAUUCAUCAAGUGAUUGCCGGGCGUAGACAUAAUGAUAGUUAUUAAUGCAGUAGCAAUAACCGAAUCGUUCAUCCGUAAAUACGUGAUACUUAUACAAGUACACAAUAAGCAACAGUAACAUUCACACUGUUUCCUUUUAUACGUACCUCCUCGAGCGCGUUAACUUUUGUACAAUUUUACGGAGCGGGAUCUCAUGCAGAUUUUUUAUAAGAUUUACUUCGCCCCAGUGGACCUCGGUUCUUUCGGUCAUACAUCGAUCGUUAUAUGCAUAUACAUACACACCGAACAGUUACCGUUUCAUAUUCAUCAUGAGCAAUCGUCAUUUCUCGAAACUGAUCCACGUGUAUGAGGCUCUCGAAACGCGAAUGAAGAAAAAAAAAGAAAAACCUAUUAACGAAGAUGGUAGUAUAUUUUACAAACUGACAAUUGUACUCGUUAUAGAUUAUUUUUAUAUGGAUUUUACUAAUGAAAAGAAAAAAAAGAAUAUGAAGGAUACUGUCCAAAUUUAUUGA